AUGCGAUCUCCGUCCCUGCCCGAGGCAGCCCUUCCCAGCGUGGACCCGACCUCGGAGACGGCCAUGCAGGGCACGAAGCCGGCUCGAGACGGCGAGGCGCUCCAGCGCGGCCUCCGCGAGGGCUCCCUCGAGGGCCCGGUCGCCGCCGCGAGCACGAUGGCCCUCCUCGCCUCGAAGGUCCUCUCCGGCGCUGCCCUGCUCUGCCUCGCCAGCUCGGUCAAGGUUGGCGACUGCGAGUUCAAGGCCAUGAAGGUGGCGAUUGCGGGCUGUGCGGUAUGCUCACAGUGCGUGCUCCCGCCCAACGAGGCGCCCGCUGCUGCUCGCCUCGAUGCCCUGCCCGAGGCCCUGCCAGGGGCCGCGGCGGGCCCUCCUGUGGCGGUGGCAACCGCAGCGGUCGCCUCGCUCGCGGCGGCGCUGGCGGGGGUGGUGGCGUGGCGCGGCCGGCGCGCUGCGCCUGCAACGGCGCGCAGCGCGCUGGUGGCGGAGGGGCAGGGCGAGGACACCCCGAUAAUGGAGGGCGGCAGCGCCGCAGCGCCCCCCUGA